CCACGAAUGACCAAAGUGAACUGACUAACUACAUCGGCAAUUGAGGGCUUCUUGGACCACAUUGGAGACGAAAUUGAUCAUCAACCACCAACCGAAAGCAGCUUGAACCCCGACCAAGUGCCAAACAUAGACAGCAUCCAAGAGGUCAACAGUCCUACAGUGACUCGUGAUUCGCCCAUCAGACGACUGUUUCUACGUCGAAGGGCCAUCUUUAAAUACAAACAUCGCCCGAGAAAUAUAUUCAUCUCAACAAGGAAACAUGGCCUCAUCAACGACAACAGCACAACAGACCGCUGGUCCCUGCCAAGACGCAGACGUGCUGGCCCACGUGCGAGCACAUUGGGCCACCAUUCAACCAAACUCUCCCGUCUACAACUUCUUCUUCCCCUCUAUCAAGAUAAUCUCUGCAACCACCGCCUCGGGCCGCGUGGUUGCCCAUCUGCCGCUCGAAGCACAGCACAUCAACAGCAAAAAGAUCCUUCACGGCUCCGUCUCGGCCACUCUUGUCGACUGGGCCGGCGGCAUGUCCAUCGCGGCCGCCAAGGAGCUCGAAAAGACUGGCGUCAGUGUGGACAUUCACGUCAGCUACGUUGGCGCCGCUAGGGAGGGCGACGUACUCGAGAUCGAGAGUUGGGUCAGCAAAGUUGGCCGCAACUUGGCUUUUACGAGCGUCGAGAUCCGAAAGGCCGUAUUGGAUACCGACGGUACGCCCAAGUAUGGCGAGAAGGGUCAGGUUGUGGCUACGGGAAGCCACACAAAGUAUCUCAAUGUAUGAGGCUCAAGGAAGCUUCUCUGACUUCAUCUUGGGGUUGUCGCGGGACAAUGGGACGAAUACCGCGAGGGUGCAUUGAUAACGAUAGGUCUUGAUUAAAUGUCGGAGAUAUUGAGCGCGG